CAAGGAAAGAUUUUAACCCGUUUAUUAUUUGCAAAAAAAAAAAAUACCUAAAAGCGUCCUGGUUUUUAUAUAUGAGUUUGAGAAAGCUGAAAUAAUCGAGUAGAUAGAUACAGUAAUGUGCCAUAUGUAAACAUGGCGGAAUGUUAUAACAUAAACACAGCAUAUAUAUAAAACAAAAUGGCGGAAUGUUAUAACAGUACUGUAAUACAGGAAGCUGGUUAUUACUUUCAGUGAGAAAAGCUGAAAAGGAGGAGAUUUGAGGUAAAAUGGAGUCAGAAGCAGAUGUGGAUCUGUCCUCCAGUGAGUCCUCACCUGAGAAAGGAGCAGAUGUGUGCGAGCCUCAGCAUCUGGAGGAUUUGGUGUUAGUGAAUGAGGAGUGUGUAGAGAAACUGAGCGAGGGUCUGAUCUCACACUACCUCCCAGAUCUACAGCGCUCCCGAGAUACACUGCAGGAACUCACACAAAAUCAAGACGUACUGCUGGACACCCUGGAGCAGGAAAUAACCAAGUUCAGAGAGUGUAACUCCAUGAUCGAUCUCAACGCACUGUUCACAGAGGCUAAAGUGUAUCACAGUAAGCUGGUGAAUAUACGCAGAGAGAUGAUCAGCCUGCAUGACAGAACGUCCAAACUGAAGAAGCGAGCUCUGAAGCUGCAGCAGCAGAAACAGAAGGAGGCGCUGGAGCGAGAGCAGCAGAGAGAGAGAGAGCUGGAGAGAGAGAGACAGCUCAUCGCCAAACCGGCCAAACGCACCUGAACACACACACACACACACACACACACACACACACACACACACACGACAUGUCAGUGUUUAACGGAAGUGUUAGAAGUGUUCUUAUUAGGGUUCAUCCUAACAAAAGAGAUAAUAUCACUCCAUCAUUCGCCUCUCUUUCCUCUUGAACCGUGUUCCUUUUUCUCACACAGGCUCUAGAACGGUACAGAAGUGUGUGUGUGUGUGUGUGUGUGUGUGUGUUAAACAUGAAUCUGAAUUUCCGAACUCUGACUGGGAAAAACCAAAGAAGAUGGAAUUCCUGCUCAGAAACUCGUCCUCAACCCCGCGUUCAGAACAUGAAUUUAUGAACAUGAAUGAGUUUAUAGCACACAUCAGUCGGGUAACUCAGUGACACUUACGUCACAUCAUUUCCCAGUUCAGUUAAACGCAGCGUUUAAACAGUUCCGCGUGUUUAUUUCUGCACGCGUGAUCAAAGUAAGACAGAGUGCUUAGUGCAGGUUGAGGGGUUUGGGACGGAGCCUGAGUGUGGAACGCAGGUAGGAGCAGAACUCUGUUUGGCCACUAGGUGGAGUCAGAGGUGUAACAUUAGCAUGGGUCAGUUUCACACACAUACUUUCCACUUAUUCCAUUAAUUUAUACACACAGUCACCAGUUUCUUUAUCAUUUAUAGAUAAUUAUAUAUAUAUAUUGUAAUUGUCGUGUGCUUUUGAGAGCAUGUUGUCCUUGUGUAAACAUUUAUUGUACAUUAAAAUACUCGGUUAAUAAACACUUUUGCUUCUAAA